UUUUACCUGAGGUCAAGGAUCGUCUUCUCCAGUUGCCGUCCCUGAAUUCCUGCGGACAUUGUGGAGAAGAUGUGGCCAAAAUAACCUCUCUGGGCCUCCAGAACCCAGUACACCGUUGUCUCAUUGAUUCAAGCUAUUAAACUGAUAUCCGUUUGGAGAGAUUUAAGGCAGCUCAGAUGGAAAACUAAACCACAGGAAGUUUGGGGAACACCUUGGGUUCCAUCAGGAGUAACACAUGGAACACUCUGGAAGCAGACACAAAGCUGGAUGGGUGGAGUUAAACGUCAUUAAGUCAUUUCAGCUGUCUGAAUACCUGAGACGUCCUAGCACACAUUUGUAGCUUUUUCCCUGUGAUGUAACUAGCAUCACUUCUACCAUCAGACGAUAGCGCUUGUUCCUACUCAGACCUUUCCCAUGCGAUUUAUUUUCUCACAUUUUAAGAAGACAUGUUGACAGGCAACUGAAUCAUCUCCUUCCUUAGACGAACCUUCAACACAGGAAGUGAUGAACUGCCGUUUUUUUAAAAACAAGAUAAACACUUGAACAAAAGCUUUAGUUCCAUGUAUUUAUUCCAGGUAUCGUGUGAGUAAACAAUGUGUUCUAGCUUAUAUUUUCCAUAAAUAGUACCAGUCUGAGAGGUUAAUUGAGCUGCAGGUUUGAUGUUUAAUGAUUGGUACCAUGUGCUGUAGCUCUCCUUCAUGUGGUCAGACUGCAGCUGUGGUGGUGGUUGAUCUGGAUCCUGUUUAGGGUCACAUCAGAGACCUGGAUCCGUCUUGUCCCGUCUCCUGAGGGAAGGAGACUCAAGUGAAGUGCUUAUAAUCCUGAUUAAUCCACUCAUUAGAAUAUCACCAUGCUGAUUAAUAAUCUUAAUGUGUGUGUUUUGUGGACGGAAGCUGUGUGUGUAUGAGAAACAGUUGAGCCAUGCGGGAUAUUUGUGUUGAUCAGCAGUAAUAUUUCCAGUUAAACCAGCAGCGGCCUGGUGGAGGAGUGACAUUGCGCUGUGUUUUUGGGACAAUGCCCUCCUGUGGUGUCUCCUGGUCCGGUUCCUGUCCUCUCCUCUAGUGGUGAGGCGGAGAAGCGUCUCCCGCCUACCAGCGCCGCGCGCCCGCACACACGCGCGCGCGCUCACAGCACUUAUGUGUUUGUCAGACUCAAAUCCGACCGAGAGGAGCUAGCCGCCAUUUUCUAAGCGUCUCCUAAAAACGAGAGAAAAAGGCUCGCCGCAAACUGCCUUGUGGAUUACCCCCCUGUCCCGGGGAAUCGGGGUUUUCGCUCCAGGAUUGUCGUGAAAUCGCUUACAUUAGAUGUAAUUUGGAAGAGGACGGACUGUUUCACGGCCUGGGCUUAUAUUCGCGGUGGCGGCGAGGCGAGGUGUAGAUCGUUGAUUCGCCCAUUGCUGAAUCCGGAACGAAGCCGAGCGGCUCCGACAACCGGGCCCUUUCUAUCUUCUGGUUGGUUUUUUUGGAUUUAUUAAUGGCAGACUGAUCGAGUUUACCCUCGGGUCUUGUGUUCGUACUCUUGGUUUUUUUCCACCUAAACUGCAGGGGACUGUUGCCGAAAUUCCCUCGGAUAGUGCAACCUCGUCACGUGGCUGCCCUCAGGUGGGGCAGUAAGCGGGUGGUGUGGAGCAGGCCGCGGUGCCCGUCCCUCUGCACUGCAUGGCUGCGAUGGCGCCCGCUCUCACCGACGCCCCAGCCGAAGCUCACCACAUCCGCUUCAAACUGGCUGCCCCAUCCUCAAGUUUGUCACCAGCCAGUGCAGAGAGCAACAGUAACACCAGCAACAUCCUCAUCCACAGCAGCAGCCCCACCAAGUGCAAGGUCGGCUCUGACGAGUGCCCUCUCGACUUCUGUGGCGGAGACCAGGAGCAACAGAAACAGCAGCCCCCACCUGACUCUGUGUCCCAGGCCUCGGCCUUGGGCAAACUCCAGCCUCUGGUGGCUUCAUAUUUAUGCUCUGAUGUGACAUCUGUCCCUGCAACUAAGGAGUCAAUCAAGCUUCAAGGAGUCCUCAUCAAACAGUCUGUGUUGAAAGGCCACAGAAUACUGCCCAGCGCCCUGCUCAACGGUGGUGGAGACUUCCUCUUGAGGAAGAGGCAGGCAAUAGAGCUGUCUGGUGGCCAACUGAAAAGCCUCAUGAGUGGCAGCACAAACGGGAGUGGCCAGCCCAUGGCACCUGUCAAUGGCCUGGCCAAGAAGCUGGCCACAAUGUCGGGCUCUGGCUGUGUGGUAGCAGUGAACGGCGAUAAGCCUCCCACCACCACAGACUCUCAGUCCCAGAACCUGCCACUGGACGCUGACACCUUUACAGCUACCAUAUCAGGGCAUAACCCAGUAAAAGAAACCCUUAAACAAAAGAAUCCCUCUGGGGCAUCAGAACAUGCAGAUGGGAAUAACUUGGAACCACCAGUGCUUCGUUCUGCUGCUUUUUCCCCCUUUUUCCAGGACAACUCUAAUUCUGCUGAGCAAGUUAGUUUGGAUGAGGCUGAUUCCCAUACGUCUACCAGUCAGCCCCAGGGUUCUGACAGGGAGAGACCGGGUAGCAGCCAACAGGGCUCCCCAACAUGCACAGCUGUACUCGAACCCCCUCUUCCAUUUGGUUCCUCCUCAGACAGCCUUGACGCUCACAUUAAAGAGCGCACGCACCUUAACAGCAGACGCCAAGCUGAAAUAGAAAACCGUCUGCGGCGCCUGCGCAAGCGUCUUCAGGUGGUACAGGCUAAGCAGGUGGAGCGACACAUCCAGCAGCAGCUGGGUGGCUUCCUGGACUCGACUCUUAACAGGAUACGAACUGGAAACCGCAAAUCGGAGGUGGCUCCUUCGGCUUCAUGGAGGACUGGACGCCACUGUUCCUCAAACAACAGAGGUAGCCUAAGUCGGUUCUUAAAAAGUGGUUCUAUGCCCUUGGAGCUGGAGAGGUUGUAUUUGAGUGGAUCAGCCAACCUUCAUUCUGCAGAAAAAGCCUUUGACUCAGAUGUAACUGAAAGUAGCUCUGGUGGGGACUCUGACCUGGAAGAGGAGGAGCUGUCUCGUGCGGAUGUGGAACAGCAACACAUCAAAAUAUGGAAGCGGGCAGAGAGUCGCUACACCGUAGAACGAGCUGCCAUUAUCAGCCACUGGAACUGGCUUCAGGCCCACAUCUCAGACCUGGAGUACCGCAUCCGGCAGCAGACCGACAUCUACAGACAGAUCCGUGCCAGCAAGGGUUCGGUGGAGUUGGGUGGUGUUGCCCCCAGCGCUGCGCUCACAGGUGGGAUGGAAAAGACAGAGGGUGUAAAUACUCAGGAAGGUGGUGCAGAACGGCUGGAGAACUCGAGCACCGCCCCUUUAAGCAGCACCGAGCAGGGCCCGUGGAAAGGUCACAAUGGGCAGCCGGUUAACGGCGUCCUCAGCAGGGUGGCCGACAGCACUGAUGCGAAGCUGCAGACGCCGCUGGCAUACGACAGCACGUGUGUGGCUGCACGCACACGGCCGCUGAUCUACUGUCGACGCCGGCGACUUGUUCAGCCCAACUUGGUGACUAACAUCAACGGAAAGCAGGCCUCCAGAAGCAACUGUGUCCAGUGCAUCUGUAGAGUAAACUCCAGCUGUGUGACGUGUGGUGGCUGGCCCACACCCAAGGAGGACCCUCAGUACGAGCUGCCUACUCUAGAGCGCCUGUCCAGGCUGGAUCUCAGCGUCCACCCCAUCCUGUCUUUUCCCGAUGACGUUUCUGUGGGUCUGCGCCUGCAGCAGGUGAUGAAGAGCCAGUGGCAGACCAAGUCGCUGGAGAGGAGCAAACCACUGAAGAAGCUCUCCCUGAAACACAAGCUCUCCUCGUCCAAAGAAAAGCACAAGUUCACCAACUCCCUGAUGGCAGUCAGACUGAGUCACUAUAAGAACCGGGUUGAGAAGCAGAGGACAGUCGACAGCAGCAUGAGCAGCAGCAGCACCGUAAUGAGCAUGCCCAGACUAGAUAACCAGUCUGGCUGUAAGACGGAGCGACUGCAUGGCCUUGCCUCCCCAUUUGGGCCGUAUGACAAGAACUACAGCCGGAAGAGAUUCAGAGAGCACUCGCUAGAUCGUACAGACUCAUCCCCUAAACUGUUCCUGGACUCAAGCAGCCCCUGCACGGCUCUGACCACCAUGCCUUCAGCGCUUCACAGUCCUCUGACCCGCCAGCUGUCCACGUCCUCUGAGAACUCCACACUGCUGGGUCUGAGCAGCCAGAGCAUCCCCAGCACAUCGCAGCAGCCCAUCAAGCGGCGGCGAGGUGAAAGCUCGUUUGACAUAAACAACAUCGUGAUACCCAUGUCGGUGGCAGCCACCACCCGGGUGGAGAAGCUCCAGUACAAAGAGAUCCUCACACCCAGUUGGAGAUCUGUGGAUGUUUUCUGUUUGCCCAUAACUGAAGAGGAGGACGAGCGCGAGGUGGAGGACCUCUCAGAUGCAGCCUUCAUCCAGCUUCAUCAGCCCUACGAGGACCAGGAGCGGUCCCGCUGGACCUGGAUGGCUCUGGCUCCUGCUAAGAGGAGGGGCAGCAGGUCCUAUAAAUCGGUGGAUGGACGGACCACACCGCUCCUGUAUGGGACGAACCCUCCCACCCCACAGCCCGCGUCCCCAGACCCAGGUCACUGCCCCAGUCUCCAUGACUACAGCCAUGUGCCAUCACCCAUGAGUCCAGCCAGCCCUGAUGCGUCCUCCAACCCCCACACACCCUGCUCCAGGGACUCGCACCGACUGCUGUCCAACGAGGACACACGCUGCUCGACGCCUGACUUCACCUUUGAGGAACGGACGGUGGCACCAUGGGAGCGUCGCAGCUUCCCUCUUCAAGAAGACCCGGCUCCCGAGCCCGAAACCGACCACAUCAGGCCCAGAAUGCGCACCAUCUCCGGUUGCCGAGCAACAGCCUAUGCACGUCUGGACUCGGACGACCCUGAGCUGGCCUGCGACGACGACAGUGUCUCCAAGUUCCGGGCCUCCGCCCACCGAUGAGUGAUGGACAGGCGGGCCUCGGCUCGGCCCCUCUCUGGCAUUAACAAGCAGAACCUCAACGCUGACAAGGAUGUUAAAUGGGUUCCUGUUGUUUGAUAUUCAAACAUCAGUCUAAACUUUUCACAGUUUUUAGUGAACAUUAUGGAGAUAGAAGCCUUUCCCCACACUUGUUUUUGUCACAAAACAAGAUAAAUGUUAAAAAAAACGGACUAUAAAACAACACAUUGCAGGAAGUGAUCGUGUAGUAGAGGCUAAACAAUGUACAUGGGGCUUAGUGGUGUUUCAGCGUCGCGUGUACACUUGUAGCGCACUAUGUAGCCGACUCCUCCAAACGUGGCCAAAGGGUGUUUUCUAUUGACUAGUCUGCUUGUAAAUCCCCAUGUACAUUUUUAGUGGAGUGACAAAAAACAAAACAUGAAAAAAAAAAAUCUCCCUUUCCCUCUCCACCAGAUGAGCAGGUACAUUUGAGAUGUUGUUCCUCCUCCUCCCUCUAGAGGUCGCCUGAAAUCACCAGAGCACUUCUUCUACUGCCAAGUGUAGUUUUGCUGGUUUGCUUUGUUUGUUUUCUCAUUCCCGACACGUUUUGUUAAUCCUGUUCUGUCUGCUCAGUAAUACAUAUUUUGUGUUGUAAAUCAUUCCUGUUGUCUCUGGAGUUCCUGUUUGACCCCCAGGUUGGCACCAUACAGGCCAGGAGCAGUGUUUGGGGUUUAUUUAGAAGCACUUGCCUGGCACAAAGCUGCUGCUGCAUGCUGACAAAUAAGAGUCUUACCACAACAAUCCCAGCUGGUUUCAUCAGAUUAUGGCAACAUGGACUCUGUUUUUGGUCUUCAGCCGUUAUAAAUGUAGCAGCUCAGUUCGACGCCGCCUCAGCUCAGGUUCUCAUCUAUUUCACUACAGCUUUUCUCAAUGAUUAAAACCGGAUUUUGUUUUCCAGCCUCACCAUUGUGUGAUUUAACACACGGAUCCUCUGACCCCUAUCCCAUCCCCUUAAUGAACUAAUUUCUAUGCAAACAAAAAAAACAACAAAAAAAAAUCUUCAUCUCCCGCCUCCUCUGUAUGCCACAGCCAUCCAGCCACUGUUUUGUUUAGUAGUUAAGAUGUUGAUGUACCUGUUGGAUUGUUGCAGCAGUUAACCCAAUCAAACAGCUGAUUUUCGUUUUGUAAAUAGAACCAUUAAAACAUUUAUGUUUAACUUGG